AUAAACACACGAAUCACGCACGUGUAGCGUACCGGAAGUAGUACGAUGACGUCGACAUUCCGGGGCAGCUUUCACUGGAAGUGCAGCGAUCGGGUUGCGCAUGCUCGUGCAAACACGUGUGAGCGGUUAGCUGUAUGACAUAGAAAUUGUUCGCACACAAACUACACCAAUAGAUGUGUUUGGUUGAUAAAGGUUCGAUAUGUGGUGUUUUAAAGCUCUCUCUUAUCUUCUACUGCUGAAGAUGCUGUGCUGCUUAACCUCCGCCAUCAUCAACAGGAGAAUCGCCCGCUACAAUUAUCCGCAACCGCUCUUCUUCGUCCGUUUCGUCCGGUCCGACGUACCUUACGGGACGUGGCCCCUAAUCCAAUUAGUCAAAAUCACCUGGAUACCUAAUGGAGAGUUAUCAGUAAGAUGUGAACUAUCCCAAGAACAAAAAGAAGUUCAUAAUACUUUAAGGAAUGUACCUCAAAAUCGAGUGAAGGAAGUCGAUGACUAUCAGAUGGAAGGCAUCCUAAAGUUGUGUACGCAGGAUCAUCAAUCUCAGCACCAAGUAAUGUCAAGUUCUCAGCACAGGAGACCGGUUUUUAUAUGGCCUGGAACGAGAUGGUGUGGAACCGGAAACGUUUCGUCGAGUUACGACGAUCUGGGAUGGUACCGAGAAGAAGACAAAUGUUGUCGAGAACACGAUCUGUGUGACGAUAUUCUUCAAGCGGGUGGCCGAAAGGAGGAUCUCGAAAACGACUCUCAAUAUACGAGAUUAAACUGCGAUUGUGACAACAAAUUUUGGCACUGCUUAAGAAAGGUAAACACUUUAACAUCAAAUGCUAUAGGUGAUUUUUACUUUAACUUACUCAAAAACAAAUGCUACAAAAAGGAACACCCCAUUAUAGGAUGCAUAACAUGGCAUUCAAAAUUGCUAAAAACUAGAUGUCAAGAAUAUAAAUUAGAUUACACAAAACCUAAAAAGUGGCAAUGGUUCGAAGCCAAGGUCUACUCGAAACCAUAAAUGCGAUUCGCCGCUUGAUUCUCGUAAACGAAACUAGUCAUUUGUAUAUAAACUGUCUCAUAACAUUUAAA